ACACCAAACGCAAACAUAAUAAUACAACACAUUAAUCACAGAAUUCAGAUUACAAUAGACAGGUACUAUAUAUACGUAUAUGUCAGUGAAUACUGGAACUGGAUAGGUUAUUUAAUCUUUAUUGUAUGUUUUUAUGCAUUGCGUUCAUCAGUCACUAUUUCAGCAGUCAGUCUGCCCAAAUGAUCGUCCUGACGCUGUAUUGAACUCUGUUGAAGCUCGUAAUUGCCAUUAUUAUUAGUGUUUUUUAAUGAGACAUGAAUGUUUUUUUGUCGUUCAUUUAUGUCUAAUAACUAAUAACCAUCAUUAGUUAUUUAGCUCGGGAAAAUUAAUUAGGUAUCAAGUACAAUUAGUGUUAACCUUUACACUCGCCGUCUUCAUUAUGAACACUGUAAAAAGGAUUGUAUCAAUCGCGUAUCUAAUAAUAUUGGUCACAUUAGUUCAGAGUGAAAACUGUACGGUAAAGAAAACUUAUAAUGGAACUAUUAUAAGAGAACGUCUAAUGACCUGCCCUUCAUCUGAAUCGGAUAAAGAUGCUAAAUUUUGUUGUUAUGAUAAAUUUGAUAGCGUCGAUUGCUGCAAUGGUGCUGAUCAUUUACGUCAUUUGAUUCUAAAAUUCAUGCCAGACCUAUUAAUAGUUCUGAUGAUAAUUGUUGGUUUGAUAUUGAUAUGCUGUGUUAUUUGUAUCUGUAUUCCAUGUUAUUGCAUCAUGAGUCGUCGUCGCCCAACUUAUAAAGAUUCAAAUGAUAAUGCAAAUAUGGUUGCUGCCGUUUCUUUGCCCAAUGAAUCAGAAGAACAAAAUAUACCAAAAAAAGAAGUUACUCAUCAUUUGCCACCUGGAGCUUAUCCAGUUUAUCCGCAAUUCAUGGGAAUGCAACCAUUGAAAUCGACUGAAGUAAAUUGUUAAUUCACACAUCACAAUAACAAUAGCUGUUCUUAUAAAAAGCCAAAGCAUGUUAUUAUUAAUAUUACUAUAUUUAUUUGUGCCAUCAACUGAGUAACGAAGGUUUGUGAAUGACUAAAUUUUUUUUCUUUUAUUUUUAUCUUAAAAUUUUCGACUUUUAUAGUCUGGCUAUCAAAAGAAUAUUAUUAUCUUAAAUAUUAAGUUACCUAGUUUUGAACUGAUUAUGGUUAGAAUUACUUUUCAUAUAUAAGCAUAACAAAUAAGACUUCAUGUGUUUGCCUUAAAAAAAUAUACCAGCACAAUAUUUUGUAUAAAUAUUUAUGGUUUUUAUCAUAAAAUAUACGAGUCAAUUAUGAAAUAAAUAUUUUGAAAAAAAAAUAGGAGUAUUUUUGUAUAUUUCGAUAAACUAUUUUUUUCUCAGAUAAAAUUUUGAUUUAUCAAAAUUAUAAUUUUUUUUUUUUAAUCUCAAAUGUAUACAAAAAUUUAAAUAUUCUAAAUUGUUUUGUUUAAUAUGUAAUAAUUAGUUUUAGUUUUUUCGUUGUUCCUGAGUUUUGACGAUUUAUAUGGAAGAAAUAAAAAUCGCAAAGCUAUAAAUUUGUUUUGAUAUUAUUUGUUUUCUGCCUUAUUUGGUUUAUUUUGUUGGUUCCUUUUCUAAACAUUAUUUGUCAAAUACUGAAAUACCAAAUACGUAUUAACUGAAUUGUGAUGUUUUACAUGUGAUUGACUGUCAAAAUAAUUUUGGUUUUAAUUGAACACUUUUUUUGUGUAUAUUUACAUAAAGACUAAGAUUAAUAUUUAUACUAAUAGUUAUAGUAAUUCAGUAUCGAAUUAAAAUGUUGUAUUUUAUUUUGUAUUCAACACAAAAAUUGUAUGAUCUUGAAAUGUAUCGUAAUGUCUAAAUAACUUGUAAUAUUAUUAUUAUAAUAUGACACAUAUUCUGCUAGAAUUUUAUUUUUAAUAUUUUCCUUUUGAAAAUUAUAUAAUGUAAGUUAAAACUACUGUGUAAUAUGAUAUUUCCGUAUCUUUGAAUAAUCUCGCUAUGGUUGUGUAUAAGAAUUCCUUAUUUAUUCAAUGAUCU